UCAUGGAUGAAGCCACCAAUGGAGCACUGGACCGGAAGUUUGACCAAUUUUUCUGAAUGGCCAGUGAAUUCAGUGACAUCCAAUUUGACUCUAGCCAAUAUAUCAGCUUUGUGGUUUGAUUCCACAUCUAUCCCCUGCUUCCAGGACCCGGACCCUUCGUGCCCAAGUUGCAACUCUGCUGAAAACCCUCGUUCCAGAAGACACGUCCAUCAUCGUUUACAUUCUGUUUGGAGGUACGAUUUCUUUGAGUCGCUAUUCUGGGUACGUAACCUCUUCUGGGAACUUGUAGUUUUAUGUGCACUUGCAUCUUAUAGUUAUCUUUGUUUGGAAUAUCAUCGACAACUAGGCCUUCGAGCUCACAGAUAUUCAGAUGGAGCUUGAAGUGCUUAGUGUCUGAUGUUUUACAAAACAUCAAGUUCCUCAUCUUUGAUCUUUUUACCUGAAUCGGUGGGAUGAGUGAAUAAAUGCGAAGUAGUUGUCUUUAUUGUGAAUAGAUGAGGUUUUCAGGGUGUUUGACAUUCACAAAGUACGGAUUCAAAGUCAACUUGUUGAUAUGUUAGAAAACUGAAUACAUUAAUUUUGGUGAUUAUAAAAUAAGGAGCAUGUCUCAUGUUUAUGACUUGUUCAGUACCUACUCUCAUGCCUUCUAGAUUUUGUUGAAUUUGAUAAGUUCCUUGCUUAGGAAAUUUGAUGAUAAUUAAGAUUCUAACCUUAGAACAACCCUUUAUUCUACCUGUAUCUUUGAAGUUUUAAAUGGAGUAAUCCGACUUUUUAAGUUGUAUUUGUUUUUCCAUUGCAAAAUAAGCCAUCUUUAUUGAAUGGGUUUUGGAUCUUUAUGUUCAUUAGUUUGUAUAUUGUCCUUUGAACAUUUCUAUAAGAACCAUUGUUAGUGUGUGAUGGAAAAUCAAAUAUCAUAGUUUAAAACACAUUGAAGUUUUUGUGACAUU